CAUACCAUCUUUCAUUCAGAAACACUUUAGUUGAAGAUUGGAUUUCCCAUUUGCCAAGCUGUAUAUCUAACUUCAGGAAAUGGAUCAUUCCAGAGAUGGAGGCGACCAGGUUAGUAUAGCAGCUCGCUCCUCGUUAUUCGACUCACUGAAAGGAUGCGGCCUGUCGGGGAUCCCAAUCGACAAACAGGAGCUCAAUACAAAGGUUAUGAUGCCGCAGUAUCUCCGCUUAGCCAUGCGUGAUUCUAUCCGCUUAAAAGACCCCACUGCCGGAGCCUCUGCCUCUCUUCCACCGCAAAAUAUAGUCCCGCCACUGCCAGAGGCUCCUUUGGUGGUCUUCAUUAAUCCGCGUAGCGGCGGCCGCCAUGGCCAGAAACUCAAGCAGCGCCUCCAGCAAUUAAUCAGCGAAGAACAGGUUUUUGAUCUUUUGGAAGUGAAGCCUCAUGAAUUUGUACAAUAUGGACUGCGCUGCCUGGAAAUCUUGGCUGAUCAAGGUGACAUCUGUGCUAAACAAACUCGUCAGAGGAUGAGGGUCAUGGUUGCAGGAGGCGAUGGUACUGUCGGUUGGGUACUGGGAAGUCUAGCAGAACUUAACAACCAAGACCGCAAGCCUGUUCUUCCUGUUGGGAUUAUCCCUCUUGGUACUGGCAAUGAUCUUUCCAGGAGUUUUGGUUGGGGAGGUUCAUUUCCUUUUGCCUGGCAAUCUGCUGUUAAAAGAUCUCUCCACAGGGCUACCACUGGCCAAGUUGGUUCUUUGGAUAGUUGGCAUGUUUUGCUGUCGGUGCCUGCUGGGGAGAGAGUGGAACCACCUCAUUCUUUGAAGCUUACAGAAGAAAGUGAUCUGAAUGAGGCUGUGCGUAAACUGGACGAAAAAGGAGAUUUACCAACAAAACUGGCUUCCUAUGGAGGAGUAUUUUAUAAUUACUUCAGCAUAGGAAUGGAUGCUCAAGUUGCUUACGGCUUCCAUCAUUUGCGUAACAAAAGACCAAAACUUGCUCGAGGUCCACUUACAAAUAAGCUGAUCUACUCUAGUUAUAGUUGCACUCAAGGUUGGUUCUUCACUUCCUGCUCAAACGAUCCAAAUUUGAGGGGCCUUAAGAACAUCGUUAGAAUACAUAUCAAAAAGAUAAAUUGCUCAGAAUGGGAAAAGAUUCCAAUUCCUUCCAGUGUUAGGUCUAUUGUUACUUUAAACCUUCAUAACUACGCAAGCGGAAGAAACCCAUGGGGUAAGCCCAAGCCACAGUACUUGGAGAAGAGAGGCUUUGUGGAGGCGCAUGCUGAUGAUGGUCUUCUAGAGAUUUUUGGCCUAAAACAAGGAUGGCAUACAUCGUUUGUUAUGGUAGACAUAAUCUCUGCCAAACACAUCGCCCAGGCAGCAGCCAUUAGAAUUGAAAUCAGAGGUGGGAAGCGGAAGAAGGCAUAUCUGCAGAUGGAUGGGGAGCCAUGGAAACAGCCAAUCAAUAAGGACUUCUCAACGUAUGUUGAAAUCAAGAGGGUUCCUUUUCAAUCACUAAUGAUCAACGGGGACUAAAACUUUCCUCUUCAGUUUGGUCGCUGAGUGGAUUUUUUUGGCUGAUAUAUUUACGUUCAAAAUAUUCAUUUGCAACAAAAGCUUAGAUUAUUUUCAACGAAUGUGUACUUUACAGAGAGAUUAUUCAAUGAUAUACAGUAAUCAAUCAAGUAUAA